AUGUUUGACUCGACUAAAGGCGCAUUGCUAGUAGCGCCCUCUCUCGCUAACAGCUCGUGUUGGCCUAAUGAUAAAGGCUGGCCGUCGACAUUUCCAGCAACGGAAGAUAUACUGAAAGCCCUCUUUAUAUUCGCCUUAUCUAUGGCAAUCGUUUUUUGUAACCUUGUACUUAUAUGCGUAUUGAAUAAUCGAAGGUAUACAAAGUAUAUUGAUAAUCAGCCUAGGUAUCUAUUGACUUCAUUAGCACUGAACGAUUUAUUUACCGGGAUACUUAUUGCCCCUGUGGCUCUUCUCCCUGCGUUGUAUAAGUGCUGGCCUUACGGAGAAAUAUUUUGUCAAAUACAGGCGCUUUUAAGAGGAGCUGUGAGUCAACAGAGCGCUGUUAUUCUAGUUUGUAUGGCGAUAGACAGAUAUUUGUACUUAUUACAUCCAAAUACUUACCAAAAACAUUCCAGUAAAAAGGGUUGCGUUCUAAUAAUUAGUAUAACUUGGAUUUUGUCUGUAUCUUUGUUUGCUGUAAUGGUUCUACCACGGACUGGAUAUUAUUUCAAUUCUACUGGUUUGAUGGCAUGUGACGUAUUUCACAGUAGGAUUGCGUUCAGAAUCUUGGCUUGUUGUGCGUAUUACUUUCCAACGACAAUGGCGCUGAUGUAUUGUUAUGGGUCUGGGUUCCAUGUCAGUAAAACGAGAAGUAAAUGUAAUCAAGAUCCCCGAACUAACGGUGGAUCGUUACAGUGUACUAAAACCCAUAGUAAUCUGGAGACUAUACAAAUUCAAACUCCAGUCAGGCCGCAUAGCGUGAGUACAUCUCGUACAAUGGCUGCGAUGUCUCUAGGAUUUAUUGUAAUGGUAACUCCAGCCACUAUCCAAGAAGUAGUAGCGGCGUGUACGGGUUGUAAGGUACCACCAUCAUUGGAUUUUCUAGUCACUUGGUUGGCUCUUAGUGACAGUUUUUGGAAUCCUUUCUUAUAUUGGUUAUUAAAUAGUCAUUUUAGAAGGAUAAGUAAUGAGCUUAUCCAAUAUUACAUAUGCUGUCGUAGAACAAAAUCAUUUCAAAGUUUUGAAAAGCCAACUGGCUGUUGUGGAUCCCCGAUUACUUCAGAUGGACUUCAUUCAAAAGGAGAGUUUGAAGGACUGGGUGAGAAAUAUUGGGGUGAAAUUUUAGAACGUACUGUUUCCUCAAACUCACUUCAUGCAAUUCAAAAAGCAUGUCACAGAGAUCCAUUGCGAUGUACUGGAUCAUUUAAAGGCUAUCCAAGUGGAAUGUGUAAACACGGAUCAAGAUUUUUUGAUGGUUACGGACCCAAUGAUUAUAGGCAGUUAGAUAGAUCUGCAUUUCAAAUCGAACCUUGCUCAAGACAAUGUAGAUUAAAAACUUCAGAUUUUUGUUUAUUUAGAUCUGGACCUGGUCUUGAAUGUGGACGUUCACGCUCCAAUCUUAGUUUGGACGAGAGUAAUUUUAAUAAGAUAUGUAAUGGUAGGCAUCCAGAUUUGUGA